GGGAGUUGCAUAGAAUGUACUGAGCGGUUUUGUUAGUGUGUUAUGGUAAGUCAUAUUGUAGUGUAAAUCUGUUAUUUUGAAUUCCAUUUUGCCUGACCAGGUCAUGUUAAUAUUCAGCCCGAAAAUUGGAUGUACUGUAGGUCAAAGAAGGACUUUCUCCCAAUGUACGUAAAGUUAGGUUAAAUAAAACAGUUAUUUCGAAUGUUGACAGUCUAAAGCUGAGUAGUAACACUUUUGUAAAAUAAAUAGAGCAAAAAUUAUUCGAUAUGAUAUCAGUACCAUACAAGAAUACUUGAGUGAAACCUGAAUAUUUUCCGAUAUCCCAAAGUGAAAGAAGACGCCGCGCCAUGUUCAUUUCAGUCACUAGACCUAACAGUUUCGGUAACUGUCGUUUCGUUCAAUGAUAAUGUUUAUGAUAAUAAUGUAAAACUACCAAAAUUGUACACAGUUUUUAAGCAACGAUGCAAUGAAGAUGUAUUGUGAACGACUUUAAAAGAUGAAAACAACUAGGUAUUGAAAAUGAACAUCUAUAGUAAAAGGGCAAAACAAGCUGCAACCGAAAACUAUUAUUAGGUGAGGGAAUUUCCCUUGCUUUAAAAAUAAACACCGAACUAAAAUGACCUAUGUACAUAUACAUGACACGAAAUAAAAAACGUAGUUUCCUUCUCCAUAAGAUACUUAAACCAGCCAUAUUUUCUGUAAAAUUCAAGUUUACCACCACUAGCGCAUUAUAACCGUAAUAUUUUUCAGCAAUCCGGAAUAUCGUUUUUUUUUUAAAAUAAAAGUAGUGCUCAUAGCUCGCCCUAAAAUAUUUUUGCAUUUAUGGUCAAUUGAAAAGGUGUAUAUUAUAAAAAUACUUUAAAUAUUUUGGGCGAGAUGAAACCAGUAUGACAAAACCUUUACAAAAUAACCAGUUUUUGGUGGAAAAUGACAGAAAUACGGUACCAUAUCCGGUUCUAGUAUGUGUACAGCUUUAGUUGUGCUCCUAUUUUUAAAAUCUAACAUGUUUUUUUAAGCCCCGGAUUCUGAUAGAUAUUUAUAACACCAAGACUCCUAUUCAACACCUACUUUCAUUUUUAUAUAUUUUAAGGGCCAUAAUAUGGGGUUUGUGGCUUUAGUCCAAAAUUUGUGUGGUUUCUUUUAAAAUGUGUAGGAGGUUAGGAACUUUGAUGUGCAGGUGUUACAUAAAAUUUCAUCUUUUAAAAGUAUUUCACAGAUCAGUUCGAUGUCUGUCUCCCAGCGGAUUUAAGGACCGGGCAACUAAAAGAAUGGAAAAAAAUAAUUUACCAAAGAAAAACCGACAGACCACGGCCUUUCAAAAGAAACUAACAGCGGACAAGUACACCACAACUCUUGGUUCCUACUGCGAGUGGGACCGAGAUGUUAACCUUGCACCACCUGAUUUUGUUGAGGAGCCGCCGGAAAACGAUAAACACAUUUACAACUAUUACGACGCCCUACAGUAUUCUCUGUACGAAACAAACUACCCGGAAACGGAAGACAGAACGAUGAAUCCCAGAACGUCGCCGCCCAAUACCGGGAUUUCCAUUGUCAUUUUAUCGUCCCCUGUGGAAUGUAUGGCCAUCUUGCUGGACGGAGGUCGGAGAUGUCCCGGGGAUAUGCUUCUUGUGAUGUCAAAGUCAUGGAUAACAGUAUCUCCAAGUGACCACGACCCAACGUUGAAUACUCUGUAUGUUCACAAAGCCAUAACAUUUGAUACAGGAGGGAGAUCGUUCAUUGACGUGUUUGAUCCACCCAGACGAGUUACAUACUUCGUGAACUUCUUCACACGUGCUAUUACGGAUGGUCAGACUGGGGAUGGAGAGGGGUUAGAGGUCAACCUUGACUGUCCGAUGUCCAGCUCGCAAAAGCUCGUGAAGCGAACUGAUGACAAGUUGUGGACGCGGGUCCUAAUGGCUGAAGCAGGUGUCGCUUACCCAGAAACUCUGGCCUUUGGCUAUAAAAUUCCAUACCAGUACAACGUACCAAAUGAUGCCAAAAUUAAGAUAAUUAAGUUCGUGUCCAAGGAGGGAAUAGACAAUAUUGUGCAGGAGGAAAUUCGGUCAUACAUAAACAACCUUGACGAAAGUGUAAAUCGGAUUGUAGUCAAACCAUCCGGAAUAAGAUGGCAUGGCAGUAUGGGUGUCUCGUAUCACAGCAGAAUAGAUUCCAAGAGUAUCUGUGACGCUGCUAUUCAGGUUCUGCAGACUUUAGAUCCUGGCGACGGUGUUUUAGUUGAAGUCUUCUGUGACCCGUCUGAAGAAGAUAACGAAAUGAAGGACUUUUCCUUUCGUCUUCGCGCCAAUGUGUGUCGUGGUCCAAACAAUAAACCAGUCACAACCACCCUUAUUUGUGGAGUCGGAAGAAAAAAUUAUCCAAUCAAUGGUGGCAACACAGAACCACAGUCAUUAGAAACUACUUUGAUUCAGUGGGGCCUUGAACAAGAAAGUGAGGAGAUAAUCGAAACUGUUAAGAAAAGAUCACAGAAUCUCCUCAGAAGCAUAAUCUACCAUGAAAAUGCGCUAACGGUGGCCGAAAAAGGAGGCAUCAAAGCACAAACAGACAUUAUAGGAAUUGACUAUUGCCUAAGUAAAAGAGGUGGAAAAUACGUCCCCUUUGGAAUAGAAGUCAACUCUCAUGAUUGCACCAUCAAUUGUCAGCUUUACGAGUAUCUGAAUCCGUAUCUGGCUGGAGAGUCCGUGGGACCACUGGUGGAAACGAUGAUUGAAAGAUCUCAAAAGUACAUGUUGCAGGGUAAAACCAUUCUAGUCCUCAACCUGGGCGUAAACAGCAAGAGAUUUAUACUGGAGGCUGCAGAAAAGGACAAAAUAAAGAUUGUUCUUGUUGACACAUUUCCAGAAGAGUUGGCUCCUAGCGUCAGCCAAUAUAUUAGGUACGAGUUUUCAGACCACCGUAAGGAUGAGGUACAUGCUGAGAAAAUAAUACAAAUUCUUCAACAGCAACACAUUAGAAUUGAUGGGUGCUGUACCUUCUGGGAAGACUGCGGGCCUCUAACUGCCCUGAUCAACGACAGAAUGUGUCUUACAGGCGCUGGAGUGGAAAGUGCUAAGAUUGCCAAGAAGAAAUCCAAAACACACCAAACCUUGUCCUGUCGAACGGGGGAUAUUCCUCAUUUUCCUAGAACGUAUUUGUAUACAGAAAAAUGUGUACAUGUAAAUGACGUUGUCAAUCUGCCAGCGGCUGUUGCGGAAGUAGAUCUUCCUUGCAUGUUGAAGCUGGAGUAUGGGUCUAGUGCAGUAGGGGUGACGCUCUGUCGUGACCUUGCCGAAUGUAUCCAACAUUUCAACGACCUUAGAGACAAACUUACCUGUGAAUCUGAUUAUCCAAGAAUUGGACUCGGACACGGUAACAGCAUGGUGGUCAUGAAAUAUAUCAAAGGGACAGAGCAUGAUGUAGAUUUAGUAAUCUACAAACGAAAACUCGUUGUAGCCUUCGUGUCCGACAAUGGCCCUACUCGAUCAGGAUCUUUCACGGAAACUGCCGCAUGCAUGCCCUCAUGUCUCCGUCCAGAUAAGCUGGGUCAGCUCAUUACGGCAGCUUACCAAUGCUGCACGGAGAUCGGAUUGAAAAAUGGCGUCUUUAAUGUCGAAAUGAAAAUGACACCAACUGGACCAAAACUCAUCGAAAUCAAUGCUCGAAUGGGAGGCUUUUACAACAGGCACUGGAUCUUAAGGUGUUAUGGGGUUGAUAUGGUCAGGUAUGCUUUCAUGAUAGCAAAUGGAAUAAAGCCUGUACCUCCCAGGGUACAGCCCUCCUGUCAUAUCAUGGGCGUGAUGUGUGUACCAUCCGUACACACCGAAGUUUUUAGAGGCGAAGAAUUUAUGGACAAGGUGAAGGCCUUCAGGAGUCAAAGCGACGUCAUUUAUACUCUGAUUGAAGAUGAUUUGAGUCAUGCAACUUCUGAUGCUGAAGAGCCACUCUGCAACAUUGCAGUUUGCGCUGAAAGUAGAAGUUCAGCAAAAGAAAAGCUAUUGAAACUCUGUAACACUCUGAAAGUUACAAGCACAAAAUACGAUGUAGGACACUAUUUGUCAGAUUUCAGGUGACGUUUACAGUUUUCGUUGUAGUUCGUUUGUAACUUUUAAUCUAUUGAUUUGGCUUAGCAACAUCCUUUAUUCUUCAACGCCUUACUUGCUACGUAAAGCACUGUAAUGAUAUGAGAGCUUGCAGUUUUUGUUUAAAAUCUAUACUAAAACCAAGAGCCCCCUAUGAAUGUCUAAAUACUUUUUCUAUGAAGUCCCAUAGUGACUGAUCUUGACCUUUGGAUCACAAAAUCACUAGUGUCUUUCUCUCUUGAUAACAAAGCUACAUUUGAAGUAUAUGGAAUGAAUUUAGCAAAAAUUGUGACAUGAAGAGUAUUUACAAGCUUUCUCUAUGAAGUUCCGUAUUGACCUUUACCUUUAACCUUCUGACCCCAAAAUCAACAGGGCUUUUUCUCUCUAGAUGACAAAGCUACCUGUGAAGUAUCAAACUAACUGAGCAAAAUAUGUGUCUGUAGAGUAUCUACAUACACUCCCACACACGCUCACCCACACACGCACUCCCACACACGCUCACCCACACACGCACUCCCACACACGCUCAUCCACACACGCUCACCCACACACGCUCACCCACACUCCCAUACACGCUCACCCACACACGCUCACCCACACGCACACACGCACUCACACACACACACCCACACACGAGAACGCUCCCGUUACGAUAAAUCCCUCUCGCAAUGAAUAAUCAAAGGCGUGUUUAUCAAGUAGUGCAUCAAAUUCUAAGAAAUGAAUUUAAUAGCAACAUAUGUUAUAGGGCCAUAAUAUAACUUGGUGAAGAUUACUCUUUUAUACAAUGCUUCCUUGAUUUUCCCCCUUGAAAACACUUAAAUGCGUCCAUCUCAUGUUUAUACUUAAUUGCGUCCAUCUCAUGUUUAUAAUUUAAUUAUUUUAGUAUGUUUUCCUUACCAAACGUUUGAUUGUAAAUAUUAUUCUACAAGCAAAUUAUCUUUUCCCCAUUUAUUUGAGAUUGUGAAUAAAUAGAGUCCGAUGACAUUAGCGCUAUAUUAUUCUCAAUCAUUAAGCAUUGUGUAUUAGUGGACUAAGCAUUGCGUACCUAUAACUGGUAUUAAUUGUGCGCUGCAUGUUUGUUUAGAUGAGCUAUAAAUCUUAACGAAGGCCAUAGUAAAGAGGUAUGCCCAAUCCACGAUUUUUUUGUUGUUAAUGUUUUUAUUGUUGUUGGUUUUUGUUCUUGUGGUUUUAUUUUGUGUUUUGUUGGGGUUUUUUUUUUUAUAUCGUCGACAUCGAUAUGUAUUUAACACAUGUAUUGUCUCAUCAACAUUUUACUCUUAUCUUGUUUACAACGUGGACUUCGCAAUGUUAAACGAUAUCAAAUCAACAGUGUGUCAACAUCGUACCCAUGAUACUGUUUACAUCAUUUACAUCGACAGUGUGUCAAUAUCGUACCCACGAUACUGUUUGAAAGUGUGUCAACAUCGUGUCCACGAUACUGUUUGACAGUGUGUCGGCAUCGUACCUACGAUACUGUUUGACAGUGUCAACAUCGUAUCCACGAUACUGUUUGACAGUAUGUCAACAUCGUACACACGAUACUGUUUACAUCAUUCACAUCGCAUCUACAUGAUGACAACAUUGUCCGUUUUAUCUUUUGUUACAUGACAACAUUCUCCCUUUUAUCUAUUGUCACAUGUAACAUACAUGUAUAUAUGUUAGGUUGUAUAGAAUAGACAGUUUGUUUACAGCUGGAUGAUCUUGUUUUUAUCGUUGUAUGGAAUGUAUAUAAAUAUCUGUAGUUCUGUUAUCAUCAACACGUCAAUAAAGUUAUACAACAUUCAA